UCCGUGUGGACGGCGCCAGGAUCCGGAGAGCAGUCAGUCCAGUUUGUGCAAUACCAAACCGCCCCUGAGGCGUCGCCAAAAACUGUCAUGUGACUACAAACCCGGAAGUAAGAUGACGGAUAGAAACAUGGUGACGCGGGAGAGGCAUAUAAGAAAUUUUAAGACUGUGAAAACGUGGAUUACAGGUAUAUAGUCAGGUGACAAGCACGUCAAUGACUGCAGCAUUUGACAGGUGAGAUGGGAAACUUGCUGUCCAAAAGACAACAGUCCCACAGAGACGGCCCAACAGGAGUCAAAAAACCAAGGAGACAGAGAUCACGUUUCGGGUCACUCAGGUUUAGGAGAAGCAAACGUUUUAGUGGAGUUAAGAAAGAACAAACAUCAGAAACUCCUGGCCCUGACACUGAAAGUAGUCUGAAGGAAGUUCAUGGCACCCUGAAGGGUUACCGAGAAGACUCAGGUAUCUGUUGUAGAAAUGAAGACAAUGUUGGGAUGAGGAACACUGAAGUAAAGACUGUACAUGAUGUGCAAGACAGUCGCCACCAAGAGAGUGGAGAUGGCAAAGAUGAGAAGGAUGAGAGCAGCGAGGGUACAGGUGCAAGGAGAACUGAUGUUAGGCAACCCAAUACCAUUGGACAGCAAGAUGAAAUGGUCCCAAAGUAUCCUGUAUCAGUACAUCAACCAGAUGAUCCUUGUGUCAGUGGCAGUGGGGAACCAGGAUUAGAUGCAAUGGAGAUUAAGGACCAAGAAGAAUCCAACCAGAAGGCUAACAUACAGCAGGUGCAAACUACAGUGACGGGUGACCACAAUAUCUCAGUGACCACUGGAGACAAUUCAGAAGUUAACAUUUACCAGUAUCAGUAUCCCGACUCACAAGACUCGGGCAUCACCACACCAAAGAAACCCUUCCCGCUGGAGAAAUGUCAAGACGCACUCAAGAACCACUACCGCAAAAGACGAGGCAAAAUCCAGCUGCUGCCAUGGAAUAAAGACAAUACCAUCAAUGUUGACGAUAUUUGCACCAGUGUAGAUUUAAUGGUCCAUAACAAAUGUGGUACGGACUUCAAACGAGAAUCUGUUGACUCAAUAGAGGACAUGUUCAGUAGUAGAGAAGACUGUCUGAAUCCUCAGCACAUAUUGAUAUGGGGUGCAGCAGGGAUAGGAAAGACUACCAUUCUAGCAAAACUCGUGACAGCUUGGACAAAUGGGUCCUCAGUGGCCUUGGAGAAGUAUGACCUAGUUUUUGAGAUUGCUCUGCGAGAGGUUAAUAAGUCACCAUCAUUAGUAAACUGCAUCUUUGACCAGCUGCUGCCCAAGGAUGUAGACUUCACCCAAGAUGACCUCUCAGAGUUCAUGAAAGAUAAUGACAAAGUUCUCCUUAUCCUAGACGGGUAUGAUGAGUGUGACGUAGAGCAGUUAGGCGAAAUUUACAGUCUCCUCAACUAUAAAAUUCUGCAGAAAAGUACUGUUGUCGUCACCACAAGACCAACUCGUAUCUCCGACGCUAUGGACUUGAUGGACCCGGAUACAAGGGUAGAGAUUGUGGGCUUCAGCCCAGAUAACAUUGUUUCCUUUGUCCGUAACUGGUUCAGCAACAGCCCUGAGCAAGGACAGUCUCUGCUGCAGAGGAUCAGCCACACAGUCCUGUACACAGGGAUCCUGUCAGUGCCUUUCCUUCUUGUCCUGACCUGUCUUCUGUGGCAAGAAGACAGCAACAUUCCAGUAAGUGACCAGGUCUGUCCACUGUAUGACCAACUGAUAGACUAUUUAGUAAAAAGGUACCGGACAAAAGAUGCAGGCCCCCAAACUACAGAAGAGACUGAAGAGACCCUUUCAUCUCUAGGAGAGCUAGCAUUUGAUGGUUUGCUCAAGAACACCCUCCUCUUUAGUGAAGAAGAUGUACACAAGUAUUUCAAGACAGGCCAUGACAUUCCCGUCCACUUAGGCCUCUUGCUGAUGCAGAAGAACUCAUCUAAACUGAAUCCUGCCAACCAGUUCUCAUUCUCACAUAAGACCAUGCAGGAGUAUUUUGCAGGAAGACAUCUUGCAAACAAGCUUCAGAGUCAAAACGUGGCAGCAAGGAAAGACACACUGUGUCGCUGCUUUCCAGAUCUGAAGAGUGCUCUGCAACUAAACAAUCUGUUAGUGUUCACUUGUGGAAGACUUGGACGAGACGCAACCUUUAUCCUCUCACACCUUAAUGACAUCUACAGCAAGUCUAACGUUAAACACCUAGAGGAUGAGUUCUACACCUUCUUCCACAGAGUGAGGUUUCCACGGAAAUGGAAUACAGACAUUAAGUUAGACGGCUUCUCAGACAGUGAAGGCAGAGAAGUAGAACUGCAGUGUGUAGGCCAGUGGAACGACUAUCCACGUGAGCUUCUCAUCUACCAGAACAGCAUGGAACUUUUCUUACUAUGUUGUUAUGAGAGUGACCUCACAGAAGACUUUGCUAAAGUACUUUUCCAGAGAAAUACGAUCCAGUUCUCAGGCGCCAACCCCAGACUGUACAGCGUGCUGUCACGUGUCUUAACAGAUGGUCAGGAGAAGGUUACACAGAUUAGAUUAGUAAACACACAACACUAUGUCCUUGGCAGUGUCCUUGGCCAGCUGCACGAGCUGUCCAACCUCACUGAGUUGAACCUGCGACAGUCACGACUGGGACAGCAAAAAGUCAACUGCACCACAUCUUACAGGCUGAAGCGAAAGUUGCAGAAAAGACAAAUAUCAAAACAAGUAGAUGAGGUAUAUGUGGGAAAAGCACCUGGUCUGUUGGCAAAGCAUCUUCCGUCCUUAAGACUUUUAAAGAAGUUUGUUAUUUCUUGGAAUGACCUGGGACCAGAAGACAUGAAAGAACUCCUCCCUGCCAUUAAACAGCUAAAUGACCUUGAGGAAAUCUUCCUCUCAGGAAAUGACCUGACCAACCUCGGCAAGGAUGUUGCAGAGCUUGUGGCAUCUCUACCCAAGUUGAAAGUCUUCAAAGUGUUCUUCUGCCAACUGUGCCUGGAGGAACUGAUGGAAAUAGCAUCCAGCCUCCAACAGCACUGUCCAUACUUGAAGCAGGUUGAUUACCAGUUGAACCUGGUCCAGACAGGACAGCCUACCUGUAUUGGGGAGGAAGAGAGAGAGACAAUCCGUGCCAAGUUGAAAGAGGGAGUUAAAGUGUGCUGGGAACGCCAAGAAAUAACAGGCUAG